AUGUGGAAAUCGAUGAAAAAUGUGAGGAUCGGUUGGUGGAUGGCAAACGUUGCGUGGCCGACGGCGUUUUGCUUCUGGUUCCAAAUCAUUGUGGUUCUUUUCGUGUCUCGCGGCAUUCUCUCCCAGCUCCAAUUAUACAUUUUCCAUUUCCUCUGGCUUCUAAUCGUCUGCAUUUUCUUCUCCGCCGUCAUGACACCGCCGGUGGAAGUGCGACAAUCGUAUCCGGAUGUUGAUAGAGACACGUGGAAAGGAAAUUAUUGCGAAAAAUGCGACUAUAUCAAGCCGCUUCGAUUCCAUCAUUGCCGGAUUUGCAAGAUAUGCGUCGAUCGAAUGGACCAUCAUUGCCCGAUUCUUCAGAUGUGCAUUCAUCGCGGCAAUCACAAAUUCUACCUUCUCUUCUUAAUCUGGCCCAUCUUUCUCGCGAUAUUCACAAUUUGCAAUGGCUACGAAUAUCUUAUUUUAGUUCGUUCCAGCUUCAACGGUACUCGUAUGCUUUUCGAAGAGCACAUUAUGAGCAUUGGCGUGUCGAAUGCGGUAAUGGUCGGAUUCGCGGCGUCGUACCUUCUGAAAACGCAAUUGCCCAACGCUUUACAUAAUCAGACGCUCAUUGAAGAAGCGAGAGGAGAAUCAGACUACGAUACCGGAAGUUGGCGGCAAAAUAUAGAGAGCAUAAUGGGACCAUUGUAUAUUUCUUGGCUUCCGAUCAGUUUUAAAGCUCUUUGA